CGUGCAGUACCAAAAAUUAUUGAAACGAUUAUUUAUUUGACAAAGGAGGAAAUUCUGACAAAUGAUGUACCUUGGGACUGGGACUGGUUGCUAGUACAGGUCAAAGGCUCAGCAGACCUUGCUCAACAUGAACAUAAGAUGGAUGGUUUUGUCUCUAUGUAUUGGGCUGUAUGGUGUAGUUUUUUCCUCAGGACUUCCCAACAUUGUGAUAUUUUUGGCAGAUGAUUUAGGAAUAGGGGAUGUGGGAUGCUUUGGCAACACCACUCUUCCGACCCCAAACAUUGAUCGUAUAGCCUCAGAAGGAGCCCGCCUCACUCAUCACCUUACCUCGUCUAGCGUGUGCACUCCUAGCAGGACAUCCCUUUUGACUGGGCGCUACCCUAUCCGAUCAGGUUUGGUCACAUCACACUUGUUACCAGUCAUCCUGUUUGUGGCGUCAGCAGCUGGCCUACCUAACAAUGAGACCACAUUUGCAGAACUUGCCAAAACACAAGGCUAUUCUACAGCUGUCAUAGGAAAAUGGCACCUUGGAAUGAGCUGUUCUACCUACCAGGAUUUUUGUCAUCAUCCGCUCAACCAUGGCUUUGAUUAUUUCUAUGGUCUUCCAUUGACAAAUCUGAAGGACUUUGGAAAUUCUGGGGAGUCUGUGGUGGUCUCUCAGAUGCCUGCAACCAAUAUGACUCUUGUGAUGUCAUUUGUCCUAGGACUCUUGUCAUCAGCAGUUCUCCAUCGGAAAGGGUUCAUCAGUACAAAAUUCACCGUGUUAUUUCUUGGUCUAUCUACAUGUCUUCCACUGGCUCUGUACACGGCAUACAAAAACAUCACCCUUCUGAACAGCGUUAUGCUGAAGGACUUCAAUGUGAUAGAGCAGCCUAUCCGACUGGACUCCCUGACACGCAGAUUCACGCAGGAAGGACUGGAGUUUAUAGAGCGCCAAAAGCGCAACCAGCAGCCAUUCCUCUUGUUUCUUUCCUGGACACACGUGCACACAUACCUCAUGACGGGUAGUGGCUUUUCGGGGCGGAGUCAACAUGGGCGCUAUGGAGAUGCUGUCAUGGAGUUGGAUUGGGGGGUGGGUCAGAUUCUGACAGCUCUGGACAAGCAUGGCUUCACUAACAACACCAUGGUGUACUUCACCUCCGAUAAUGGUGGUCACAUAGAGGAGACAGAGGAGGAUGGCAGCAGAGUGGGCGGAUAUAAUGGCAUCUAUAAAGGAGGUAAAACCCAUGGUGCAGUUGAUGGGGGUAUCAGGGUGCCCACUGUGGUGAGGUACCCCGGGAGGAUCAAGCCAGGCAGGGUGGUAGAUGAACCUACAAGUCUCAUGGACUUCCUACCCACAGUGGCUAACCUGAUGAAAGCCCCUGUGCCUAGUGACCGGGUGCUAGAUGGUAAGGACAUGAUGCCAUUAUUAACUGGAGAGGAGAGGCUGUCCAGACACGAGUUCCUCUUCCACUAUUGUGGUAAAACUAUCCACGCCAUAAGGUAUAGGCCAAGACAAGGGUCAGAUGUAUUCAAGCUAGUCUUGUGGACACCUGGCUACAUACCUGGUCAGAUGCGCUGUGAAUUUGUGUGCUUCUGUGGCCACGCUACUCGUCUGAGCACACCACAACUAUACAACAUGGUGAGUGACCCAGGGGAGUUAACUCCCCUGAAUGUCACGCAACAUGCAGAGUACCAGGACAUAGUUAGGCUGAUGCUGAAAGCAUUAGAGGAGCACCAGGCUUCGGUGACGCCAGUACCAGACCAGUACGCCAUCAUGAACCUGAUGUGGAGACCCUGGCUACAGCCAUGCUGUAACUUCCCUUACUGUUCCUGCCAAGACCCUAAGUAUGCUUCUCUAGAACCAUAGUUGUUUACAGCUGCAAUGUUUAGAUUUUAAUGGCAAAGAUACAUGGAGUGAAUGAGGUACUUAACAAGGUUGUGUGGUCCUUAGACCAGCUCCAUUUUUCUUUAAAUAGCAUUGGUAUUCCCCAUUAACUUGUUUGGCCAAGCAUUAAGUGUCUAUCCAUUAAGUUCUGUUGAUAUCUACAUGAAGGGUUUAUAAUGUAUGGCCCUGUUAAACUGACACAGGAAGGACAGAAGCUGAAUUUUGAACGACUUUUCUGUGUAUAGAAAUGAUGUGAAGACUAUUGCCUUUUGCUUCUCAGUAAAGCUAUCAGAUGGUGUGGUCUGUGUGUGUUCUCACUUGACAGACCUUAAGAGCUCAAUAUUAUAUUUCUUUGAUCUGAAAAACAAAUUACUUUCAAUUAUUAAAGUUUCAAUUACUAAGAUUUUCCAAUAUUAAAGUUGAGAGUGGCUUUUGUUGGUCAAUCCUUGUUUUGGUACUUUGAUUAAACUUUUGUGAAUGGAAUAACACAAACACUGCUGCUCAGUGUAUGCAUGGAUAUGUAAACACAUAAAGUGCAAAGAACACAACACUGCCACUAUAGGUUAAUUUUUUAUAAAUAUUGUGUUGACAUUUGUGAGAGUCAUUUAUAACGUGUAACCUCUGUUCUGAAACUUACAAACAAACUCCGCACACAGUGCACACGGUGAAAGUUACAAAACAUUGAUGUCUACAGAGACCUACACAGUAUUCCUUGUGUGAAGAGUAAUAUUUGUAUAAAUGUACACAAGUCUGCACAGCAGAAGUGAACAUAUAAACUUAUGGAUAACGCUGAAAAUACAUGGAUAUUUAUGCGUCAUGCUCAAGUUCUUACAACAGUUUAUGCGAUUUCUGACAGUUAAAUUGAUUAUUACUUAUUUAGAAUUUACUCAGAUUUACUACCAGCUGUCGUUUUUCUUGUCACGCUCAACCAAUCAUUGGACAGGAUUUCUCUGUAGUACCGAUGGCGUAUGAAAGUACCAUCUUUUUUGACCUUUUCAUUUUUUCUCAGACACCACUUUGUAUCCCAGCUUUGCCUCGUUGCAAUGUGUAGUCCUCAUCAGUCAUGGUCUAGAUGGUUGUUGAAAAUGGCUACAGUUUAGGAAAUAUUCUGCGGCCCCUGUGUAAGUGAUGUCGUUAAGUGAGUCAGUAGUGUAACAUAAAUAAUACAUAUAUAACUGAAAAUGUGUUCAUGUAGAUUCGUGAAUAGGUAUUGGACAGAUUUACAUUGGCUUUGUUAUAAAUUUAAUUUAUAUUGCCAGGACUUUGUGAUGGUACAGUGUUUUAUGUUUUUUUUUUGACUUGUUAUUUGUAAUGAAACCCUGUUAAUCCAUAGCAAAACACUUUAUUAUUUUCAAACUUGAUAUGUCAUGAUGGUAAUGUACUUACAUUAUCUGGUAGGAUCUUGGAAGGGUACUAGUAUUUUAACUAUGUACAACGCUACCAUAUACAAUGUUAUCCAUAAGAAAUAAGAAAUAUCCAGCACACAACACAUAUACAUACAUGGGAGUGUCAGUAGCUCAGUCAGUGUUUAUCUACAUGCAUUUGCUGUUGUUUAUAAUGAGCUUUAGUUUAUGAGAGUGUGUUACCUAAUUUUCAUUAAAAUUUUGGAAAUUGUAACUUGUAUGGUGUAUUUACGCCUAUUUGAGCUUAAGAAAUGUCUCAUGCUGAGUUUUUCUGUUUUGUUUUUUUUUGUUAUUGGCCAAAGCUUUAUUCAAAUUAAUGUCAAGUGCUUUUAUGUAUGUUUUGAAGCUGCUUGUUUUACAUAUUGUUUUUACAGUGUUUAUUAGACUUUGGGAUGCUUUUAUGACUUGCCAUCUCUUGCUCAAAUAGUGCACUUGUCUGAAGUAACCAGCCAUAUAUAGUUUACAAACUGGCAAAAAGUGGAUAGAUCAGUUAUAAGUAUACACUCAUGUUUUCUUUGUAACACAUGUUUAUAGCCACAAUUUAGUAAGUUAAGUCUGCUUCAUCAAUCAUGACCAGUGUUCAGAAUACUCAUCAUUUGGAUCUUUCCAUGGCAUUAGAUUAGAAGGUGGAAGUAAACAAUACCCAUAGUUAUGUAGGCCUUGUUGUGGCCAUGCUGGUAAUCUCUAGUGCUCAGCUAAUACCUACAAUACUUCUCACCACAUUUUCAUUCACUGGUAUUUUGAAACAAUUGCAUUGUUCACGGCUCUUCUGUUUUCCGAAUGUUCAUGUUUUUGGGUGCCAUGUAAACUUUAUUGCUCCAAUUUGUAUCACUUCCUCAACAAUCACGCCAUAAAAAAAAAAUGAAUGAACACAGAAACAGCUUGAAAUUAUCCCCAACUGUAUCUGCUAAUCCCAAAAUAAAGUGUUCACUUUGUUCUAAUCAGGUAAAUGACAAGCUGGUAAGUAGCAUUGUAAGUAUGCCUUCUCAGCUUUGAAAAAUUGUUUCUAUAUAAGGAGUUUUAACCUGCUUGUGACAGGUUUUUGUUUUAUUCAUUAAAUGUACACUUUACACGUGUGCACAAGAUUUCAUGAGACCAAUGUGAAACGGACAGUUUUGAAGGGAGACCCCUGUCCAGUAUACAUGUGGGUACUAGUACAUGUAAUAUGCAUUUGUUUACAUUUUUUGUCCAAACAACAUUUUUUUCAUCUUAUGGUUAGGAUACAAUAUUUUUGUACUGUUCUUUCUGUUUUCACUAAUGUGCUCCUUAAGGUUUUAGAUAUAUUUAUUUCCGUUAUAAUUUUAUAAAUAUUUUUUUUACAUGGAUUAUGUAUGUUACUAAUAUUGUACUUCACACAUUGACAUGUACAUUGAUGUGUAUGCUGCAAAUCUGACAUAUAAAGGUAACAAAAUAGUAAGUGGUCACUCAGUCAUUUGAUCAGAGAGAAAGAUUUAUUUAUUAUUACAGUUUAUUCUGAGCCUGUGUGCAGAGUUUUAAGCCACAGGAAACAGCCAUUCAAAGGCACAAGAAGUGAUCUUUUUCAAGGACGUGCAGUAAGAAUGGCUCACUGAGGUAUGGCAGGAGUCUUGACAACUGCAACUGAAUUACCUAUAGUCUGAUCCUGAAUCUCAUACUCCUCAUGUUAAUGACUAAAAGGGAUACAGAAUGGAUGCUGAUUGGGUAACAGUGGAGAUACGGUUUCCUGGGUUAAAUCUUGCAGCCUUGGUAAUGCUUGUAUAAAUGUACCAUACCUAACAUUCAUCUUAGGCAAGGCAGAGCUGGUGCUUGCCUAUCUCUCACAUCAGCCAAUCAGAAGCAAUUCUGUAUCCAUUUAAGACAACAGCCCUCGCAGGGUUAAGUAAACGUAUGGAAUUACAAAGAAAGUAUGAUAAAUAGCAUUUUCAGUCAAUAUUAAACACUUUGUGAUACCAGAAUUUUACUCACAGGUCACAGGUUCAGGUGUCAGUAUUCAUCUUUAUUGGUUAACAAGAUGUUUGCCUAUGUUGUGAUUUACCAUAAGUUAAUGCAUGUAAUUGAGUUUUAGUAGUUGUAUAAAUACAGGUACAGUAUAAAAAGUGUACAAUGUGAUUUUAUUGUGAUUAUGCUUCAGUAGUUAAAAUUGGAAAAAUCAAUUACAAAAUAUCUAAAAACAUAAAUAAAUACAUGAAAAAAGGUAUAAAAGAUUAAAGCGAAA